AUGGCCUGCUCAGAUGCGUUAGGCCUCUCAACCAAUCAAAUCGCAGAUGACUCGUUAUCUGCCACCACCUGGCAGCCUGGCAGAAGUGAUCCUUGGUAUGGCCGGUUAAACAACCAAUCACGACGCAGCUGGUGUGCAACUGUCAUUGAUGAUAUUCAGUAUCUUCAGGUUAUUGCAACAUUAAAUAAAUGUUUCUUAGUACGUGAUACAGGAUUUCAAUACUAAUAAAAAACUUGACGUAUAAUGACUACGUGAAUAAAAUUGCAAUAGGAUGAAUUUUGAAACCAUCACAGACAUGGAGGCAAAAGCAUCAGCUUGGCAAUUUAGUUUGAAAUUUCUCAUUUGCAUUUAGAUUGAUUUGGGUCCCAAACUGAGAUUAAUAACUGCGGUGGCCAGCCAAGGAAGUCAUAACUAUGACGAAUGGGUGACUAGUUAUAAACUCUCCUACAGUACAGAUGGCGGGAAAUGGAAAGUCUUUGGAAAAAGCGACAUACCGGAGGUGAGAACUGUUAUAACCGUGUUACAGUGUGAAUUCACUUCUUUCCCGUGCGGGAAACGGCACAAUCUCCAUUCCAAGGGCCUCCCUCUUCCUCCCUUGAGAUAGUAACCUGGUUGCAGUUCAUUUUGUGCUUACGCAGAAUCGUUCAGAAUUUGGGAGAUUUAAAAAAAAAAUAAAUCGAGGGUAGGAUUCAUGCAUAGAUUUUUUGUCAAUACUAACUUGACAGGGAAGGCGUUUAUUCGUGAUUUUCGUUUUCCAGUUGGCAGUACUGCCACUAAACUUUUAUCUAGAUAUAAAGCCACUAAACGCAUUACUUGUUUAACUUUCAACUCAAUGUUUGUAUACCCAACCGAAAGCCGAGCAACUUGAAGUCUACUCAGGAACGUAACCGCUAUUUUGCAAAUGCACUCGGGAUUUGUCGAUUGGUCGAGAACCCUCUCUCCCUACGGCGAUCUUUAUUUUGCAUAGGCACGUGACCAGCCGCAACCAGGGUGCACGUAGGACAGAAAAUGAUUUAAACGCUCACUUCUAACCUGUGAAGAAAAAAACAAUCAAAAUAAAUCAUAAUUAAAAUGAUAUGAAUGUUCUCAAUCGUUCAUUCAUUUUUUUACUCUUUCGUUACGUAAUCCAUCGAUUUAUUCAAAUAACAAAGCAACCACACCAGGAAAAGUUUAUGACGCUUACACGACGGAUAGGAAACGAUUCCAACUCCCACGUAACAAGGAUUAUAUAAAUGUUCCCAUUCAUCCAUUCAUUCAAUCAUUCCUACGUUGGUUUAUAUUUCUAUUUAUUACUUGCUAUUUACUCAAUCACCUGCUCUCAUAUUACCUCUUCUCUUUCGAAGAUAUUCGAUGCAAAUAAAAAUCGCGGAACUGAAGUAAAGCACCAAAUAGAUCCGCCCAUCACAGCUGUGGCCUUACGCUUCCACCCAGUGACAUGGGAGGGUGAUAUGUGCAUGAGGGUAGAAGCAUUUGGGUGCGAUGGUGAGCUUACCACAUCUAUAUCACUUCUUCUUCAAAGUAACCAAACGAUAAAAAAGUUUAGUUUAAUGAUAAUCAGAGGAUUAUCUUUAAGGAAUUGACCGUCCACCCUCACUUUCGUUUCACAAAAGACGUAAUCAUUAUUUUAAAUCCCACGAAAGCAUUUGAUAGGGUAACAGUUAUCGAUGAGUAGCAAUAAGUAAAGUGUAAAAUUAGUGAAUGAUAAAAGACAAUGCCGUAGAUUGAUCAUGAAAACACAAGUCCAAAAAUCUGUGCAUUGGAUUAAUCCUAUUUGGUGAUCUUAGGAUUAUCCUUCUAAACUAUAAGCUUUGCAAAUCACCAUAAGAAAUCCAUCGUUCCAGGCCAACGAAAAUACUGCAGUGAUGAUGGUCAAAGAUACCUGUACAUGUCUAAACAAAAUACUCUCUUUAACAUACUUCGAAUCAAAACGAAAUGAACUGAGGAAUCGAAGCCAAGUGCACAACUGAAGCGAAAGGAACAAUGCUGAAAUAAAAUUAGAAAUAAUAAGUUACCAGAAUUUUGCGUCAAGAAACUUGAAAAUGGGAAAACAAAAUAAAGGACAUCAAAAGACACUUACAAAGAUUGUAAAACGGUUGGCUUAAGGCAAUAUAUACAAAACGUUUUAAAGGAAUUAAGAAAAUUGAUUCAGCACUGUGACAGUUAAACGAUAAAGCCGAAUAAAUACGAUUUACGAUAAAGAACUUAUAUGAAUGAUACAAACAAAGGGAAAUUACGCAAAAAAAGUAACAGAAUAUUGAUAAAAAGUAAUGCAAAUGAAAACAAAAGAACUUAAUGAAAAUGCGACGGAAAAAAAAUACGAAUUUAUUAUAAGUAGCGUCAAUCACAAGCAGCCCAAGCUCCAGCUGUGAGAUGAUCAUCUUGCGCAAUAACAGUCAUGGCGGAAUUAUAGGAGUUUGUAUGGGAAUAUAACAACAAUAGCCUCUUGAUCGAUUUCUUUUGAGGGGACCCGUGGUUCUAAAACAAUUUAUUUACGAUAACUGACGGUAUGGUCCCCGGCGAGGCUCAGUUCGAAAAGGAGGUAGGGUUACCAAGCUGGUUUUCAACGGUCGUGUGUCAAGAUUGAUGUAGCCGCGGGCUGUUAGAACACCUCUAAACUGGAAAGUUUUUGAAGCAAACUGCGGCUUAGUGUCGGUUGCGUGGGGAAGAUUGAGUUUUUAGUGAAUUGAAAUGAAACUGCAGUAUAUUUGCUUGGAUUCUGCGUUGGAUUUGUGGUCGCCCGGUCAUUUUGAGCUUGGAUUUUUCGCUUCUCGGAUCAGGCGUUCGGAAAUGGAGUGUUCAGCCUUGGGCUUUUCUUAUGUACGUUGAAAACCUCGAAAUGAACAACUCGCUAAAAUGGGCUCUUUUCAUCAAAGUAAGCGGUCAGAUAACAAAUGAUACACUGUGGAUGUAAGGUGAGGUUUUUUUUAUAGAAUUUGACGUAUUUUGAAGCUACACUGGUUUGCAGAUUUAAUGAAUGUAACCGAAGAAGUUACAAUUCAUAGACCCAACGUUUCGACACUCCUGUCUAGUGCCUUCAUCAGGGGUGAUCUAAACGCUGCAACAAGAGGUCCUUUUAUAUGAUCACUAAUUUAAUCAAAGCAGAGAACUGCCAAAAACCAGUUACAAAUAGAAACGCUCUUGAUGAAAGGGAACCAGCGACUGGUUUUGCUGUUAUUCCUUACAUACAGGGUGUUACCGAACCCAUCAAGAGAAUUUUGAAUAGCCACAACGUUAAAGUUGCUCAAAAACCUUUUCAGACUUUGGGGCAUAUUUUCGCCAAACCUAAGGAUCCUGUCACGAAAGAACAACGAACCGACGCCAUUUAUUCUAUUCCUUGCAAUGACUGUGACAACGAUUACAUCGGACAGACCAAACGCCAGUUUGGUACACGGUUGCAAAAAGAGCUUUAUCAAAAAGCGGUUUUUCUUUGCAAAAGGAAAAUUCAGCUUUUAUCGGAGCAUACUUGCCUAAACCAACCAUACAAUUGGGUGGGAUAAUUCUAAAAUUAUCACCACUAAUCGGCGUUACCACCAGCGCCUUUGUUUGGAGGCUUGGCACAUUAACUCCGCCCACGCUCCUUUAAAUCGUGACGAUGGCGGUCUGCUUCCUGACGCCUAUUUACACCUCGUCAGAAAAAAAGGCCGCUAAUUAAUUGAUCCGAGAAGCGAAAAAUCCAAGCUCAAAAUGACCGGGCGACCACAAAUCCAACGCAGAAUCCAAGCAAAUAUACUGCAGUUUCAUUUCAAUUCACUAAAAACUCAAUCUUCCCCACGCAACCGACACUAAGCCGCAGUUUGCUUCAAAAACUUUCCAGUUUAGAGGUGUUCUAACAGCCCGCGGCCACAUCAACCUUGACACACGACCGUUGAAAACCAGCUUGGUAACCCUACCUCCUUUUCGAACUGAGCCUCGCCGGGGACCAUACCGUCAGUUAUCGUAAAUAAAUUGUUUUAGAACCACGGGUCCCCUCAAAAGAAAUCGAUCAAGAGGCUAUUGUUGUUAUAUUCCCAUACAAACUCCUAUAAUUCCGCCAUGACUGUUAUUGCGCAAGAUGAUCAUCUCACAGCUGGAGCUUGGGCCGCCUGUGCGCCAAUAUAGUUUUUGGCGACAACAGAAGUCAUAAGCCAUUUAUGUUUAGACAUGGUGACACCAGAUCUUGUUUACGCAACACCUUCGGGGACUGGGGACAAUCACCAGAAUGUCGUUUCAAAUUAUGUUUCUACAGCUUAUUCAGAAGCGUUAGGGGUGGAGAAUAGUAGUAUCAUUCAGGAUAAAUAUCUGACAGCGUCUCAUCAUAAGUACUCUUUCGAAGCACGAAAAGGAAGACUUCAUAACUUAGAGAACGCAUGGUCAGCUUAUCCAAGAGUGGGAACUUUCUUGGAAAUCUCCGUUGGAAGACAUCUGAGCAUUAUUACUGCUAUAGCCACACAGGGUGUAAAGAAUGAAUAUCACGAAUCCUGGGUACUAAGCUACAAAUUGAGUUACAGCUUAUGGGGAGACGAGUGGAUGGAAUACAUUGACGACGGCGAAGUCAAGGUCAGCCAGUCUAUCCAAAAUUCAAAACAAAAAACAAAAAACAAAAGCAUUUGUCACCAAUCAUUGAUCACUCUCAUCUUUAAACUUGAAACGCCUCAAAAAGGUGAUUACAAUCAGAUCCCGACCUAACAAAUGGUUUUUUUAUUAAAUCAAUAAGUAACGGUAAUAGGACUGAGUGGAGUCCAAUUCGGACCCAAUCGGACGGCACGAAGUCUUAUUUCCAUUUAAUCAUAAAAAUUACAAUUUUUGAGUAAAGAAGAAUUGCCAAGUUAUGAAAGAUUUUUGAGUAUACGCUGCCCAGAUUGCCAAGACUUCGUGCAUAAGGUCUCAAACAAGGUUUAAACUUUGUAAACAAACACAGAAACUGUUCAACUAUAAGUCAAUCGCUGCCAAUUUUUAACCUUUAAACGCGGGAAAUGUUAGUUGAAAAUUCAGAAUCAAAGUUUACGUCUCCUUUCUUGUUUCAGGUAUUUCGUGGUAACAACGAUCACAGCACAGUAGUAAAGAAUUACCUCCGACACAAUAUAACAGCCUUACGUAUUCGUUUUUGGCCAGAAACAUAUUAUAUUCGUCCUGCAUUAAGAGUCGAGUUGUACGGCAGUAAGGGUGAGUAAAUUCGUAUUAGAAAAACAAAUUUAGUUUAGUUUGGUCGGUUUCCAAUUCUCUUAUAUGUUUUUGAGACUGUUGUGAUGAAAGCGUUGUUUCCAGGAUGCCAUAAAAAAGAUGAGGCCGUUAUUCUCACCACUGCAUACAGUUCGUACUUGUUACAUUCUAGAUAUAUUGAUGGAAAAAGUCAUCUGUGUGUAAAAAUUUAAUCUUCUCAUAAUUAAAGCCAAUUGUAAAAUGAGAGUAAUGUACUAUGUUCAUCCUACCACGAUCAUAAGUUUACUUGUAAAAUUUUCAUAAUGCAUUCGUAAAAUGUGCAGAUGUUUGCCAAAACCCUCUUGGCGUGGAGAGCGGCGACAUAUCCAAUGUACAGUUUACUGCAUCAAGUCGUGCACCAGUUGAGAGUGAUGCAUGGAAUGGUCGCUUAAACAACGGGAAGGCCUGGUGCGCGGGAAAUAAUGACGAUAAACAGUAUCUUCAAGUAGAUUUAGGAAGAAUUCUUACGGUAGCGCGAGUCGCCACGCAGGGUCAUCCUGACAAUCUUCAGUGGGUGACUCGUUAUAAAGUGGCUUACAGUAUGGAUGGAAUAUUUUGGAGGAAUGCUCUUGACGAAAGCAAGUCAAAGGUUAGAAUUGUAACUCAUAUCAAGUUCAAUGAUCUGGCACAGGCGUAGAGUAGGGACUUACAUACCCCGGCAAAACAUCUUGUUGGCAAAGAUAAGUAUCUCCUGAGAGUAGGUCCACGUGGGAUUGCACGGAGUCCAAAGCUUAGUGGUUUCCACCUUCUUUAUUAGCUAUGGAAAAAUGUCACGUCCAGUCUUCCUCAGUAUCUACUUCUGUAACAUUCUCAUCACUAGGAAAUUAGAUAUUAUUUAACCAAAAGAACUGUUUUCAAUUGCAUCAGUUAAGAUCCAUGAUUCCAUUCCUCUCUUGAAAAGGAGGUUUUUGUACUAUUAAUUGCGAAUGGUGAUGAAGGAGUAACCUAGUGAUUGACUAGUGUAUUAUGCAUCGCCUAAUGUCUACAUCUUUUAAAGACCCUGAGUGGUAAUACAGAUCACAGCAGAGUGAAGGAAGUCCCAUUCUACAAACAUGUAACAGGUAGAUUCUUGAGGUUCCUUCCUGUGGAGUGGAAUAAUGCAAUCUGCAUGAGAGUAGAGGUUUACGGUUGUGAAGGUUGGUAAUUCGUAAACUCAUGGUAGUUUCGGUAUACUAAGCAAAUUUCUGUUAAAAUUUAAGAUAUGGUUUUUCUCGAGUGUUUUACAUGUCGCCCGGGUUGGACAGUGCUUGUGCUUGAAUUUUCAUACAAUUUGAUGUGAAAUACGAGCCGGGAGUGCAGGAUAUAAGGGCCCUUGAUCACAAUACAAUUCCAUUGUGAGCAGAUUACGCACAUUGCUUACAAUGCAUUAUGCCAUAAUCAAUAGCUAGCAAAGCGUUACCCCAAAUUAUGAAUAGUAAACAAUUAUAAAAAUAAUGAUAUUUAACGAGGGAACCGAACUGGUAGAUGCAGUUUUCAGUGGGGCCCUUCAAAUUUGCCGUUUUACCUGUUACGAAUCAUUUAUGAUGUUGUUGGACUGUUGGUGUAAACUAGCGAGAUAUCAAGAGUCUGAGCAAGAACUUUUAUCGGAGGCGACAGCCAGUCUUUUCUUAAUGACCCAUUCAGCCCUGAGUGCGUGCUCUUAAACAUCCUAUCAGUAGGUGGGUGUGGGCUCACGGGACUACUAACCAUAGCAGAUUAAAUAAAAAAGACCUCCUAUUGAGGACUCUAAGCAAGGUCAGAAAGCAAACCUAGACACGAUUAGCGAUGGUGAUUAUUGUCCGAGAAGAAUCACUCAAAAGCAAAACUAUACGUGGUCUUGCAUCACAUAACAAACAACUAGGCUCAGAAGACUCACAUAAAACUUCCAAUAUUAGUAUAUUUCGUGACCAUGUGUUCUCAUUCCGCCCAAUGACUUAUGUACCGCACGUAUUUCCAGAUUGCGCCUAUCCGGUUGGUAUUGAACGUGGAGUAGUACCAAAUGAAGCCUUUUCAGCCUCAUCAUGGUACGACGUGGACCAUGAGCCUUGGCUGGCAAGGCUCUAUAGUAGAGAAGGCGAGGGAGCCUGGUGUGCACUGGAAAAUGAUGGGACCCAGUACUUACAAAUCGAUCUAGCUCAAAUACAUAUCAUAACAGGCGUAGCUACUCAAGGAAAGUACGAAAUAUCAGAAUGGGCGAUUCGUUUCAGAGCUUGGGUGACAAACUUCAGCUUAUCUUUCACCGACGAUCAUAUGCUUUGGGUUAACUACACUGAGGAUGGAGUCUCUCCGAAGGUGAGCUUUGCUAAAAAAUUAAGCCUAGAUUCAAAAUUGCAUACGAAAACCAUAUUGGUCAAAUUAUCAGCUGUAGUUUGUCACAAAACUUUGAGUCUUUGAUACUUCAAUCCUAUUUUCCCGCAUCAAAAAUUGCCAUUCCUGUCUGAUGUUUGCGUAAAAAGAGAGGCCUGGCUCUUUGUGCUGACAGAUGCUUCGCUGUAGUGAUUUCCCUCCUGGAAAAACGAGUGUAAGAGAAAUGUGUUGUAUUGUCUAAAACAACAUUUGCGAAAUAAAUUUUGACUCAACUUUUUAGGUCUUUGAUGGGAAUUCACAAAGGAAUCAAGUUAUCCGACAUACGCUUUUAAAAAGAAUAACUUCUCGACAUCUAAGGUUUCUUCCAGUCACAUGGUUUGGAUGGACAUGCAUGCGGGUCGAAGUUUUUGGAUGCAGAGGUUAGUAAGAUGUUCUUGAAGAAAUUUAAUAAGAAUGCUGGAGAGGAUUAUUACUCCACCCGAGAGACUCCGUGGGAAGCCAGAUGCCUUUAAAUGUAUCAAGGGACAAACAGUAGUGAUAACUACUAAAAUGCCAUUCAAUUUUUUCUACAAGGAAUCGAAACUUUUUGUUUUUUGACAGGUUCUAUGCAAAUUACUGUGCCUUGGUUUAAAAUAAAAACUGACAACAACUUCACUGGCGAUAUAAUUAGUUUAGGUACACCUAAUUUCAAUGGAGUUUUUCUUUGAAAAAACAGUGAAAAUACAAAGGAAAAAUUAUAAAAGAAUUAGCAGCGUUUAAAAUUACGCUCUGGCUUUAUGCCUGAUGGCCGAGCAAUUUUUAUAUAAUUUCCGCUGAAAUUUUUUUUUCAAAUCUCAUGAGAGUAUCAGAUAGUUGCUGGAAAAAGUUAUAUAUUUUUUUUCUGUCGGUCUUGAUUUGACGACUCAGCUUGCUCUUCUGCUCUUGGAAUGGAGGAUUUUCACCUGCCGUAUGAAUCGAUUCUGGUUUCAUCAGUUCAGUCUGGACUUUACGCUGCAAGAGCCAGAAUUUUUAAUUCAUACACAUGGCUUCGAGGCUAUAAUGAUAAGAACUCUUUUCUCCAAAUUGGAAACGGCAUAGAUGAAUACCUCUUUACUGCAAUUGCAACUCAAGGCCAUUUGACUAUGAGGUCAGCCGUGGUCAAGUUCCAAUUGUCUUUUUCCAGAGAUGGUUUACACUGGUUUUACUACAGAGAGAAUGGCGACAUCAAGGUAAAAACGUUUUUAUUCAUUUAUGAAUUUUAGUUCUCCAUUCCAUCGAUAUGUAAGUCGUGAGGCAUGAAAAACGUUUGUGGUAGGUUACAAAAGCAAGUCAUUUUUAUUGUCUUUCCUAAUAAUGAUGAAAAGGUAUGGUUAAGAUCUCAGUGCUUUGUGAUAACAUUUCACAACCGAUAUCUAGAGAACAUAGGAUAUCUCUAAAUUUUCACAAUUCUAGUUGAUUUUACCUUACUGACGUUUUUUGUUGUUGGUGUUUUAAUUUUUUCCGAUGAGGUCAAAGCUUUUGAUUCAUUUCACUUUAUUUCAGAUGUUUAUUAGCACAUCUCUCGUCAACACUGUAGCAAAGCAUUACCUUGAGCAGGCUGUCACGGCAAGAUUCGUGCGCUUUUGGCCCAAAGAAUGGGCUGGGAGACCCUAUCUUCGCGUUGAAUUAUACGGAUGCCAUGGUUAGCUUCCUUUUUGUUCAGUUUAUCAACAAUUUAAGUCUGGCUUCAGAGGCUUAUUUACUUAAUUUUCUUUCGUAUUAUCUUCAAAAAAGGCAAACUUCUUGCCUCGACCGUCCUGGCGAAUCGUGAAUGCAAAAUAUUCAUGUCUUUCCAACAUUGCUUAAUUUCCGUUUUUUUCCGUUUUUUUCCGUUUUUUUUUCCGUUUUUUUUUUCAGUUUACUCGAGAUCUGUUGAUUUCUCAAACCUGACAAGUAUGGCAAACCGCUAUCCUAAUUUCUAUACAUACGACGGAUCUGUUUUAAAGUCCUGGCACGGACGUUUGUCGAUAGAUGACGACUCCCAUAAUGCCCCCAGAUCAGCAUGGUGUGCAAAAAACAAUGAUACAAACAACAACCAGUUCCUUCAACUAGAUUUGAAAGUGACAAAAGUUAUUCAGGCCAUCGCGGUUCAAUCCCAUUCAUCAGAGGAUAAAUGGGUGAAAAGUUUUACCAUUAGUUCCAGUCUUGAUGGGCUGUUUUGGAAGCAAUACACAGAUGCAGGAAACUUGAAGGUGAGCUUAAUGAUCGUAAUAUUAAUAAUGGUAGCUUAAAGCUUAUAGUUACACGUUGCUGUUUCCGCCAGACUUCGAGAGAAGUAUAGAGCGGCUUACACAGAAACCAACAGAACAGAUAAGAGAGCGUAUAUGGAAGAUCCAGCAAAAGAAGCAGAGGAAGCGGCACAAAAGGGAGAGCAGAGAAAUGUCUAUAAAGGAAAAUAUAAUGGCAAUAGAAAUGUCCCCAUACGAGAUAAACAAGGACAGCUCCUCACCUCUGAAAAAGGCCAAGAAGCACGCUUGGUAGAGCAUUUCAAUGAAGUCCUCAACAGACCACCACCAGAAGAGGAGCCUGAUAUACCAGAAGCUGAGGAGGACUUAAGUGUUGACACCGGACCACCAAAGAAAGAAGAGAUCAUUGCAGCCAUUAAUUCUCUAAAAAACCACAAGGCACCUGGCAAAGACUGCCUCAAUGCUGAACUGUUCAAGGCAGAUGCUGUGACUACGGCAAGCAUAUUGCAGCCACUUUUCAACACCAUCUGGGACUGAAGGAAAAUUCCUGACGAUUGGAAUAAGGGUGUCAUCAUCAAGAUACCAAAGAAAGGAGCUCUGUCUGACUGUAACAACUGGCGCGGCAUUACACUAUUAUCCACCCCUAGCAAGAUCUUAGCGAAGGUCAUCAUGAAGCGCUUAUCACUGGCUGUGGACCAUAGACUUCGUGAAGAACAGGUAGGUUUCAGGAGAGGAAGGGGCUGUAUUGAUCAUGUUUUCACACUGAGAAAUAUUAUUGAACAGAGUACCGAAUGGCAGCGAACUCUCUAUAUCAACUUUGUAGAUUUCGCUAAGGCCUUUGACAGCGUGCACUGGCACAGCCUCUGGAAGUUAUUACGAGCAUAUGGAAUCCCCUUCCACCUUGUUGAGAUCAUCAAAAGCUGACAACUUUACCUGAUGUGUUGGUGAUGGUGACAUCUUUUUUGAAGUUCACACUGGUGUCAGGCAGGGGUGUGUAAUGUCUACAUUUCUUUUCAACCUUGUUGUGGACUGGAUCAUGCAUCGCACCACUGAAGAUCAGGUCAGGGGAGUCAGAUGGACACCUUUCUCCUACCUGGAAGACCUGGACUACGCAGACGAUCUAGCCUUACUAUCACACACCCACACCCACAUACAAGAGAAGACGCGUCGCCUCAACACCUUUGCAAAGCAAGUUGGCCUGAACGUCAGCAGCAAGAAGACUGAAAUUAUGGCACUGAACGCUACCAACACACGACCAGUCCAGAUUGAUAACGAAGAGCUUCCUUACACAGACAGAUUUACCUACCUCGGCAGUAUCAUCAGUAGAGAUGGAGGAACUGAUCUGGACAUCCAGAGCCGUCUCAACAAGGCCAGAAAUUCGCUCAAUAUGAUGAACAAGGUAUGGCGUUCUUCCACCUAUAGUACUCGUACCAAGCUGAAGCUCUAUCAUAGCUGCGUCCUUACAACCCUCCUGUAUGGCUCAGAAUGUUGGCGCUUAACGGAGAAGGAUCUAUCAAAACUCUCCACUUUCCACACCAAAAGCCUUCGGCGUAUUUUACGCAUCUUUUGGCCUAAUGUCAUUUCCAACAAAGAUCUUUUUGAACGGUGUGGAACCGAAUCAAUGGCUACCAUCCUGAUGAGGAGACGCUGGAGGUGGAUUGGCCAUGUCACCCGCCAUUGCAAAAACUGCUAUGUAUUGGACGCCAGAAGGGAAACGCAAGCGGGGUCGCCCCAAGAUCACAUGGCGACGGACAGUUGAGAAGGAAAUAAAGGAGAUGGGGAAGACCUGGGAGGGCAUCAAGUUCAUGGCAAGGGAUCGCCAGAUGUGGAGGGAACACGUUGCUGCCCUACAUGCCUGUUAGGCGUAAAGGGCAUGAAGAAGAAGAAGAAAGCUUAUAGUGCGUUAUUCUAACAUGUUAAUUUGAUCAAAUGCGCAUACGCAAAGAACAUUCAAUGUCGCGACGAAUACAGAGGUACUCGCCUAAACUUUCCUAAAUAAAUUUCAUAUCGCAGGUAACACGAACCAAGCUGUUGUUUUUAUAGCAAUAAGAUCAACUCUAAAAACUUUUUGGAUACACUCAGCUCUUUUUUGCAACUCAUUUCACUUUACCAGUAUUGUUGGUUUUCCACACCUAAGGAAGAAUUGAUCGCAAAUAACUUUAUCUGAUCCUCUGUAGGUAUUUGAUGGGAACACACAUCGACAUAGUUUAGUCAAAGUGGAUAUUAAAUAUAAUCUCCGUGCAAGAUAUCUGCGAAUUCACCCAAAAACCUGGUACAAUCACCCUUGUUUAAGGCUGGAGGUGUUCGCCAAAGAAGGUGAGACAGCAUGAUCCAUCGAGAACACUCUUUCAUUUUUUAUUUUUUUUAUGUAUCAAAGCAUUAAAUACUCAUUUAUCAGGGGAAAGUACGCAAAAAUAUGCCAUAUAACUAGUUGAUUUACGACCAUUCACAACUUUUCAAAUAUACUUCGUUCUUUCCAUAUUGGUGCAUGGUGCCUAGUUGUCAAAUCAGUCGAAGGUCGUAGUACCCUUUGCCCUGGGAAAUGGAGAAAUUGACUACAAGUUGAAACUGGUGUACAUUUAACACAAAUGUGACUUUUUGGUCACUUUGUGAGGUCAUUUUGUUGAGGUAAUUGUUCUUUAACUCUAUCCAUGUAAGCAGAUAUAAAGCAAAAAUCGGAAUAAAUUUAUACUAUUAUAACUAGAGUGGAAAGGAACACAAUAUCGUAACCUUAAUGCGUUGAAUUGACCAUGGUAUUGUCUGACAGAUAUCUUGCCCGUUGGGGUUUUUUUUUUCUAGACUGCAUUGAUCCUCUAGGAAUGCAGAGUGGUCAAAUUUCUGACAAAGAUAUUAAAGCGUCUAGCGCUCUGAGGGUGAAUUACGAACCCUGGCUUGCCAGGUUACACAGUCGGCUGGGAGAAGGAGGAUGGUGUGCAGGGGUUUGUAAACAUUUUAAGCUUUCCUCAUAAAUCGAGAAAAAACGUAAACUCUCGGAAUAAUCGCUCUGGUAAUUACAGAGACAUGCACACUUUCGAUUUUAGAGAAUACGUCGAUUCUUGCCGCCAUUACUUCAAGCGUGGUUAUCAUGAUACAGAGAUAUUUUCUAGUGAACCGCAGCUGAAAAGAACGAGUAAUGAAACGAAAGGUGUAAAAUAUCAAUUUUUACCGAACAUGGGACAGAAGCAAAUGUUAGUCCCCCUUGAAAUUUGCCAGCUGCUUCCACUAUCUCAGUUGAACACUUUAUUUAUAGGCCAUAAAAAAGGCGUUCACGAGCUAAGCCAUGAACGACAAAUUUGUCGAGUAUUGCCAACUCCAUCGCCCCAUUUUCUCUUUUAGAGAAAUGAUGAGAAUCAAUAUUUGGAGAUUGAUUUGAAACACCCUUACCACGUGAGACGAGUAGCAUCGCAAGGAAAGUCCUCAGUACCCGGAUGCAUUAUCCCGGACGCUUGGAUCACAAGCUACAUGAUGCAGUUCAGACGUGAUACACUAGACUGGUGGAACUACACUGAGAACAACACCAUCAGGGUGAGGAUCCUUUUAUUGUAAUAGUUAUAUCGCUUGAGAGGCUAUAUUUAGAAGGACUGAAUAUGUUGUUGUGCUGUUAGUUUAUUUGUUUUCUUAGUCAUCGAAGUCUUAUUACAAGUGUUAUUAGAAUUCUUUAUAUUCAUGUUGCCCGUGAUGUUGUCUCCCGGGAGCAAUAAGGGACGGCGACGCUGUGGAAAACGUCGUGUAUUAAUAUUUUAGUUAUACUUUCGCGUGCGACCGGAUGUGUUUACCAACUCUUACGGCCCCACACCUCAAAUUCAGCAUAACGUACGUGAGCAACGGUGGCUUCCAAAAUUGAAACUAGAAUGAUUUUUCCGUCGGGGUUUCCAUUUUUAGACGCAACUUUUUGUGAUUUCACGUUGUUGCUUUGCAGAGGACUGCUAAGAAAUGUGCAGAAUUUUAAAACGCACGUGCAGAGCUAUUCUUCUGCUCAUUAGAUCUUUUGUUUUGCAAAAUCCUCGUUACCGUCGCCGUCGUGGUUUAGUUAAGGUCCCAAAUACCCAGCAAAGACGUAGGAAUCAUGUUUAUGAGCUCGAGUUUAAAACAGGUUUAAAAAUCCACAAACUAAAGUCACUCACCGUUUUUUACAACCCUGAGUUGUCUUUCCCUUGAGCUCUAACUUAAAUGUCUGCGGGUAACUGCUCACCCUUUAAGUUGUAACCCUGGUAAAAUAUAUGACAUAACCAAAACAAAUGUCUCCAAGUUCAGUAAUCUAAAUUGCUACAUAACCAAAUUUUUAUGUAUAGGAGUUCUCUGGAAAUAUCAAUACCACCCAUGUGGUCACUCAUCACUUAAAGAGCCCCGUCAUUGCUCGCUAUGUGAGAUUUCGUCCCAUGAAUUGGUUCCAAAGAAUUUGCAUGAGAGUGGAAAUAUAUGGAUGCAAAGGUAUUUCUUUAUAUAUUUAUUCAGAUAAACUAGUCAGAUUUCUUCAUUUCCUAUUCCUUACGCGUCGACAGAGAAAGAGAAACUUCUGCGUGAUACUAAUAAACUGUGCGCUUUUAUUUUGUCACUACGAAACAGCGCUUGCGAACAAAAUCUCUGAUUUGUCUUCAAUUAGUUGAUUUCUGGGAAAUACUUCAUAGGUUAUCAGCGGAAUAGUAUCCUGUUGUUCUCAUUCGUGGCAAAAUAGCUCAGGAAACUUCGAAUCGGGUUUGUUUUACAGGUUUUUGAAGAUUUACUUCGUUGUCUUUGCUAAAGCACGCGAGACGCGAAGGAAUUAAUGAGCUAAGUACAGCCAGUUUUUAUUCAUAAACAAGGCUCAUAUUAACUAAGCCUACCGGAACCGCACUGGGUGAGAUGAUACAUAUCGGCCCUCGAUCUACUUGGUGCGGACUAAGCUCAGCGAGAACCGUACUUUUAACUGGUGACAUUCUCACAGUGCGGCAACACUUGGAUCAUGAGAUAUGUUUGAAAAUUUGUGAUGUUAUGGAACUUUUCAAGCGCACUCUAAAGUCAAAAUUACCAUAGCCUUUGAAAUGAGAAACAAUGCAUUUAUUCCUUCACGAAAGCCUCAAAGAUUUUGCAAUAUUUUUGUUAAUCGUUUAUUGUCUUCCACUGUAGCUUGCUUCCAACCUUUAGGAAUGGAAGACUUCUCAAUACCGAGUAAAAACGUUGACUCAUCUGUAGCUUCAAACAUCUUCAAUGCAAGACUAAACUAUGCAGGAUCAAACCAGUUCGUUGGAGGUGUGUUUUAAUUCACAAGUUACGAAUCAGUGACGUAUCAAAGACUGUUCCUUGUGUGUCAUUUUCUUUACGUUCUUAGCAUAUUCUGACGUCAUCAGUGAUCUAUUGCUGAGCAGACGCACGGAAACAUCGAAUCUAGUUUACACAUGGAUUUAUUCAUUUUUUUUUUUUCGUUUUACGCAUGUAUAUACUCCCUUUUUUUGUUGGGGAACUUAAGUUUACAAACCCUGAAGGUUUUAGUUGGAUUUCUCACUCAUUCAUCUCACUUAUUUAUCAUUAAUCAUAUUGAGAAUAGUACGUGGACGUGCGUAGAUAUGGAAUUUAUCUUCGGGUGUUUGUUACAAAUCGAUGAAUGGAAAAAAGAUACCACAAUCCACGCAAAAAAGUCGUUAAGUACGUGGGCGAUAAGGCUCAAGAUUAAAAAAAAAAGUUUUAAAGAAAAUUGUCUCUUCGUUUCAGGGCGAGACAAAAUCAUCUUACAAAUCGACUUAGGGCAUUUUAAGACUGUCGCUGCAGUCGCUACACAAGGCAGAUAUCGUGGAACGCAUUUUGUUAGAAUCUAUCGAUUGGCGUUUAGCAGACUGGAGGGUGAAUGGUUUUACUACAAAGAAAAUGGAGAAGUCAAGGUAUUUCACAGAUGCUUCAGUUUUAAAUAAUGCUCAUCAAAGUUUCUUCUGAUAGGGCCAAUUGUCCGUGUUAGAACUUAAAAUUGUUUCGAUUUCUUGUAUCGAGAUAAGCAGCUAGUUUCCACAAGAAUUUAACAGGUUUAUUAAAUUCAAUCAGCAAAAACUUCAUAUCUUUCUUUUGAAAAGUGUUACGCCAAACUUAAUAGAAUCUUUUGUGCUCUUCGGAAUCAAAUUGCCCUCUAACGCUUUUAUCUCUUCUUCGGUAACAUUGGCAAAACGCAAGACAGCCAUUUGUAAAUUUAGCGCCCUUGCUCCUAUCAAGUUGAGCGAGGUGAUUAUAGCGGGAAAUACCUCAAUCUUCGACAAAUCAGAAUACGCGCGUCUCUUAAUCUCCGCAACAAUCAUACUACCAUACUAAUAUACUGUAUACACAGAUCACCUUUCAAUCAAUUGUUUUUUUUCAUCAAGGAAAUACAUGGCAACACAAACGCCGACGGAGUAGCUCUAAAAAUCCUACAUUACCAAGUUGUCGCCCGCUAUGUCCGUUUUGUGGUAGUAGAGUGGGUCGAAAAUGUUUGCUUGAGAGUGGAAAUUUACGGCUGCGAAGGUAAAUUCAUCCAGACGAAUUAUUUUUGUUUUAUUCUAUUUUAUUUUUUGUUUCUUUCAUCUUUAAAAAAUGAACUUGUAUACUAAAUCAUAAUCCAUAAUAUUUAUAUAAUUUAGUGCAGGAAAGCGCUACUAAUACAAUUCUGUCCUGAGAAUUGAUCAUGAACGUUGAAACAAUCGAAACAAUGUCUCACCAGGUAAAAAGUACCGAGAAGUCAACCUCGCCAGAUGAGGGGAGAAACCUCAGUUGUCGGGAAAAAAAAACAAGAAACAGUGAGAGAUAGAGGGAGAGUGCGUGCGAGAAAGAUCGGGGGUUGGGAUGGGAGGAAAAACCUUUUUGUAGAGUGAUAAUCUUAACACCUCUAUUCUACGAUCUUAGCCUGGUCAGAUCCUCUUGGAAUAGGAUCAGGAUUAAUAAGCAAGAGCAAAAUGACCUCAUCCAGUAACUCGGGACCUGGGCAUGAGCCAUGGUUGGCAAAAUUAAAUACAGUAUUCGAUAAGAUGGGCUGGUGUGCCGCUCCUUUUGAUUCAUCGCCGUACCUUCAGAUAGACAUGGGGCGAGUUGUCACUCUAACUCAUAUAGCAGUUGCAGGAAAGAGUGGUGCAGGCAUGGUGUCUGAAUUUAUGUUUUCUUCAAGCGUUGAUGGUGGCUUCUGGCGCAUUUAUACGACAGUCUCUGGAGAAAAGGUGAAUAAUUUUGUUUGUUACUUACUGUCUUUAUUCAGAGCAAAAGAGAUCGAUUGUUUCUCUUUUUCCACCUUUGCCUCUAGACGUUUACAGCAGCUACCGAUUACUCACAAGCAUUAAAGUUCCCGAUAGAUUUGGAAAUGCAAGCGCGAUUUUUCAGGUUCCUCCCUAAGAAAUGGACUGAUUUGCCGUGCAUGAACGUGGAAUUGUAUGGUUUUGAUGGUAAGUUAUUUUUCAAGCAAAAUUUAAUUUUGAAGUUGCGAUUAUCCCUUUAGAGUGGUUUAGCAAGAGGACGGGAAAGUCAUUUCAGAACGGUGCGUGCAGCAAAAAUGUAGAUAAGAAACUGGGUCGAGAACGCCGUCGUGUUGUGUUGAAAAGUAAUUUAGCAGUCGUUGCAACGAGAAUCCUCACCUCGGCUUUUUAAACAUCACCAUCACCUUUGAAUUUUCGGUUUCAUAAACCACUCUAAGGACAACGAAAUUAUCUUCUUUAACAAGCGCAAACAGAGGAUAGUUAUAGCCUACGGCAAGUAAGUUGUCAAUAUGAAUCCACAUGGGCGAUUGAACUUUGAAACUAUUCCAUUCCAGUUUAGUCUCGAGUCUGCUGAUUCAUCUAUCAAAUUUUGAAGCCCACUAAAUAAUUUUUUUUCCUAUGAUUUGUGUCGCUGUCAUUUCGUUUCGUGCUACUAGAUUUCAGCACUGCUCGUUUUUCGUCAUAAUUUUGUGAAGGAUAAUUUGGAAAUCGUCCUCGUUGAAAUUUUUGAACAGAAUUUGUUUUGGCGAACAUUCUUCUCAAUUACCCAACGAUGGAAUUGUUUACGAUGAGUUCCUAUUUAUCCGUGAAAGAAUGAAAUUAACUCAAACUUUGUUACCAACGAGCACUAGGAAUCUUCGUUCCUAUUUUAUUUUAUUUUAGUUUUUAAAUUAAUUUUUUUAGAGUUCAAAUGCAUUUUUUGAAACAGAAUUUAGAGACUUUCUUUUGUCUUAGUUUUACCGGCGCUGGUCAAAAAUUUCAAACAUAAAAAGUGAAUACCUGAGCUAUUCUCAAUUUUUUUUUUUUAAAUCACGGUAAAAACGACAAAACGACCCAACGAUGGAAUUUCAUUUUACGAUGAGUUCCUAUUUAUCCGUGAAUUGAGAAUAAAAUUAAACUCCCAAACGAGUUAGGACUAAAGGAAUCAAAGACUUCUGUUUUCCUAUUUUAUUUUAUUUUCGUGUUUUCGAGAAAAUUAAUUUUUUCCCAAAAACACCGAAUAAACCAAAGGAAGGGACCAGGUCGUUGAAAUAAUUUCAAAGACUGAACUAAAUUACGCAAAUAGGCGUUUUUCGCGACGGGAAAACCAGUGUAAUGACGUCCUGAAAAACAAGUCGGAAGUCGAAAUAGAGUCGUGUCCAGACUAUCCUCGCGCUUUCCCGUUCUGAAAUGACGUUCCCGUCCUCUUGCUAAAUCACUCUAUCGUCGCGGCGUAAGGCGCUUAUCUCAGUGAUUAUCGUGGAGAUUUUAAUCCAAAUAACUGGAUUUAGGAGGGUUAGGAGGGGGGUUUCGUCAACUUGUUAUAAAAACUCGCAUUACAAAAAAACUCUAGAAGACAAAAUUAGUUUAUUAUACUCCUCAUUUCGUUUCUUAAACGUUUGAAAAUGGAUAACCGUCAUUUCAGCUAAAAAUCCUCUAGGUUAUCGUCUUAGUAUGACGAUGAACUGACAGUGUUGUAAAAAAAUUGGAAGAAAAAGGUCGGAAUGCCUAUUUGCAAAACUUUUUCUCGAUAUCAAAGUGUUACAGAUAGUAAUGAUCGUGUGGGUCAGGUUGCCUUUUUUGUGGAAAUAGUUCCUGUGUGAUCGUCUUCACGCGGAUGUGAAAAAUUUGCGACAGAAAAAGUUGGCAGUGUUGAGUAGUUAUACUCAGAAGAUACUAAAGUGACUUAAAAUAGGCCAAAAUUGAAUUUGGUGUCUAGAAUGCACGAGGCCUUUAGGACUGGCGGAGUGGAUUAUACCAAAAGAUGCUAUGACAGCAUCCAGCUCGCUUGGAACAAACUAUGCACCUUGGAUGGGAAGACUGGGUUCCAGAGAAGGUGGUGGAGCAUGGUGCGCUAAAAGUAACGAUAACAUGCAGUAUCUGCAGAUUGAUCUGGGUCACGUGAGUGAAGUACGCAGCUUGCAGAUUCAAGGAAAAGAAGGAGUUAGUAGACAUCCUACUUUGGAGAGCGCUUGGGUGAAAAACUUCACUGUAUCUCAUAGUGUAGAUGGAAUAACUUGGACAGAUCAUGAAGACUUUGGUAUUUUGAAGGUUUGUCUGUCUUAGUUUUCGUUUGUCGUUUACUGAAUGUUCUUGUGUGCUGCUGAAUUCUGUGGGAAAAUUUAUCAUUGAACUAGCCAACUAACUACUUACUAAUCAUUAAUUAAGCCUUUUUUCACCUCUAGUUUUGAAUUUUUUUUCUGUGAAUGGUGAAAUAUCGAUUUGAAAGUUCAACUCUAUUUGAAACGUGGAUAGCGAGCAAGCUGGUUUGAAAGUGCGAAUAGUAGCAUAUUCUGUGUGAAUUGUUUUUGUUAUUAAUAAGAGAUGGACACAUCACUCUGGUCGAAGUGAGAGGCGACAAGGAGCAACGAAGGGUUUAAUUGGUAGUUGACCCCGACGGCGCCAAGAAGAGGUGUAACCAGGAAGGAAAACGAAAACAAAGUUCUUGGCGACGUAGGCCAAAUACCUUUGGAAUAAAUUGGAGCUCCACCCGAAGAUGCGGGGUGGGGAUGGGCGGGUCUUGAUUUGCCUUCUCUCGGUCAAACUUGGAAGAGACGAUUUAAUGAUGUCAAAAAAUAUUUAACUUCUCAGGAAGCAAUACAAAAGUGCGUAAACUCUAGGGUGUUACGUCGGUAACAAUGAAUUUAUUUGAAAUAUUAAAUACUUCGAAUUCCAACAGAAUAUAAAUAUUCAAAUGACUUUGAAGAACAUUAUCACUGAGAUUUUAUAAAAACACUCCGCUAUUUGACACUGUUUGAGAACCUUUUUUGGGUAAAGAUAAGUUGUUUGAACUUAUAAAAUACUUUGAACAUAAUAACGAUUUCAGUCCAACCAUUUGUUUUUCAAAUUCAAGGUGUUUCGUGGUAAUUCAAAUCCCCACGAGUCUAGAACUGUGUCUUUGGAAGUCUCGAUAAUUGGACGCUAUUUCAGAAUUUUUCCCAAAAGUUAUCAUCGUCACAUGUGCAUGCAAAUGGAGCUAUACGGAUGCCAAGGUGGGUAGAAUACCGCCAUCAUCUGCACUGAGACGUAAAACUGCCCGACAUGAUUAUAACAUAAGAGUAACCUUGGCUUGGUAGCAUGAUUUUCGUAAAGGAUAUUGAGUAUUUGAUGCUUUUAGGAAUACUGAUAACGUUAAGGUUACACUACUUUAACUUUUAAACUCCUUUUUUUUUCAAAUUGAAAUAACAAGAACAUAACAUGCACGUUGACGCAACUUCUGCACGGACCAAUUUAACCUUUGCUGCGUAUGUAGGAUGUUUUUCAGGCCUGAUGGCUGUAUUAAAUAUUAAUAUUUCAUAUAACUAAUCCUUAGUCAUGUAGCAUCGUUUAAAUAUUGAACAGCCAAAACACUUUAUUUGAUAGAAAAAAAUGGCUAAUAUUCUGAUUUGCAUUUUUCUUUUAGCUUGUGAAAAUCCCCUUGGAAUGGAAAACUAUGACAUUCCAGACCAUGCACUGGUCACAAGUGGUACAAAUUAUGACGCAAUCGACGCUCGAUUAAACAAACUAGCCAAAUUCCUUUUACCUACUGAAGUGGACGAGUACAUUCAGGUUGACCUUGGGCCCGGAGGCAAAUCAGUUACUGCUAUAACAGUACGAGGAAAUUUUGCUUCCUCCCAUAUUGACUGGAUUAGCAAAUUUGUUCUAAAUUACAGUAGGAAUGGGUGUGAAUUUUUCUCUUACAUGGAGGACGGCACCGUGAAGGUAACGUGAAGAGUUUAUGUGUCGGUCGAUUAGAUAACUUAACAGUUGCAAUUUGGCUGUUCACCAGCUUUCACUCGAGUGCCAUCGCACAAACUUGUCCCUUUAAACUGCGGGUGCAUGAAAGAUCAAAUUAAAUAAUAUUUUGCGACCAACUUGUGUCAUUGCUUACUGUAGAUGGACUACCUUUAAUUCUCAAUGACAAUGGACGCCACUUCAAAGGACGGAAGCAAAGCUCCCUGCUAAAAAAACCGCAGAAUUUCACUUUUACGGGCAUGAAAAUAUGAAAUUUAACAAACGAAGAUCUAGAACAAAAAAGGAAGAGAGCAAAGUCAAAAAAAAAAAUACACAAUACAAAGUAUUGCCUUUUAUUUGACGCCAAGUGGACAGUUUUCGUAUUAGAUGUUGUUUGCUGUACGUAAUUCACUCUAGUCGAACUUUGGACCUUGGAAUAGGACGUCACACUGAGGGUUUAACUUUGAAAUACACAGCCUUAGAGUUCGGCAGCGAUCUGUUUACUCUCUGUUUAGUACAUCCGGGUGUCUUUCUCAGCGCUUAACCUGACUUGAGGUCUGCCAGGAUUGUUAUUCAAAAUCUCAAUGAGUGUCAGUGAGAUACCGCUUGCCUUCUCCGUCGACGACGGUCACGUUACAGGCCCGCUUAGGCACUCAGUGUCAAUAAGCAAUCAUGUUUUUCCUUCUCCAACUCUCUUAAGCCUAGGUAGCAUUCUGAGUUUUCAAGAAGAUUAGUUAGAUGUCAAAGCGUUUCUAGUUGAGGCUUCCAUCAGAAUAAAGAUCAUGCAUUGUUUUGUAAUUUGUUUGCAUUUUUGGUACAAAGCUGACCGCAGGAGAAAUAGUAAAUUACUAUUUCCUCUUAAAAUCAUUGCAGAUUUUCCAAACUCCUCCAGAUAAUAGAUUCUUUGCUACAAGGCACAGAUUACAGCACAACAUCACAGCCAGGUACUUUCGGGUUGUUUUAAAAGACUGGAUUAAUCGUCCAUAUAUUCAGUUGGAGCUCUACGGCUGUAAAGGUAUGCUAACGGUUAGAUAAUUUGGUUUGAUCAACUGAGUUGAUAAUAUAAAUAGGCCACUGUAAAAAUUUUCCUAAAGGUGACUUUUCGAGCGUUAGCCCUUCGUCAGGGCGCAUAGAGGAAUGAUGGGUCGUGAGUGUGUUGGAGCUUCGCUAUUGGUGGGAACAUGGUAACGACAAAAAUAAGAGUAAAUAAGUUGAAUCGAAAAGAGUCUGUUUAAGAGUGCCGGUUUGAAAGAUAAAAUUUUGGUCUAGAGUUUUGCACCUUUCUUAAAAAGAGAUCGAAGUGUCUGGUCUUAGUCAUUCCUUUCUACGUCACAAAGGAGUUCUCGAAAUCGGUUGCCCAGUCGUGAUCCUCUUUCGCCAAUAUAUACCUUUUUGCAAUAAGUGCAAGGUAUGCAAUAGGUGACAUUGGGGGAAGUGCCUUGGCAAUUUCCUUACUUGCUUCAUCAUUUAAACGCCAAAAUAACAAACUCUAUCUUUCUGCACGAAAACAAAAAACAAGAAGUUAUUGCACACCUCGAGCUUUAUUUUUUUAGUCCCCUCUAAUAAAUAGCUUCUUCACUUUCCAGCAUGUUUAGAGUCGUAUGGUAUCGGAAAUGACCCCUUACUAGUUUCAUCUUCGUCAGCUUCUAGCAGUAGGCUUGGACACGAACCGGAAAAUGCACAGAAUUUCACCGACACAGGUUCCUGGUGUGCUGAACAGGAAAACGAAAAUGAAAACCUCCAACUUGACUUUGGAAAGACGGUCGUAUUAACUGGUAUUGCAACGCGAGGUCACCAUAGUAACGACGAAUAUGUGUCACAAUACGAGCUUGAAUACAGUGUUGAUGGAGCUCACUGGUUUACUUACACUAGUGCGUUUAGACGUGAAGACAUAAGAACCCAACUUGCCGCUAAUGUAGACAACGCAAGUGUUAGGAGGAUUGCCUUCUUGUACGAAAUCAAAGCUCGUUAUUUUAGAGUUGUUGCUAAAGUUUGGCAUAAUGGAAUCUGCCUCAGGCUGCAAGUAUUUGGUUACAAAGGUGACUGUAGUCUUAACUUUUGUUUUUAAGGACAUUAUUUUCGAGAAAUCCCAAAAUUUUCAGUCCUCUUCAUCAGCCUAUCAAAAAGUGUUAGCUAAUCUUUUGUCUUCGCAUUCAGUUGAUCUUUUUGAACGUUGAAACUCCAAUACAAAAACACGCUGUCUCUGAGGCACCAAACAGACAUCAAGGAGUUUUUUAAAAGUAGAGCUCUUUUCCUCAGAGGUUGGAAAACUUAGAUAAUUGAAACCAGGAAGAGAACAACUAGGUUGAGAUUUAGUCUAAAAUAAAGCAAUUCGGCAUAUUACGCCCAUCUAUUUAUCCUGAAUUCGCAUCUCGGAAGACAAUAAACAAUCAGUCAAUAUUAAAAAGAAUAGAAUAAGAUGGGACGAGUUAAGUAGUAAUUUUAAUUGUUUGUUAAUCAAUAAUUUGAAUUGUUACCAUACCAAAUGAGUUGCUUGUGUGGUCUGAGCUCCAGAGUGACAAAUCCUUUGAAAGUAUUUUUGUUCGACAACCUGAGCGGAAGCAGUCAUCGGACUCUUUCUACUUUAAAGAUGACUUCCGCACAAGUUGUCAGUAAGAAUCAUAUUUCAGGGCUACUGCUACUCAGACAGUUAGACCACACGAUCAAGUGUUCCCGGUCUUGAGUUCAGACCAUAAACUUAAUUUACCAAUUAAGUGAGCACAGAAGAAUUUUAAAGCCACAAAAUACGAUACUAUAUACAAGAAAAACGGAUAAAACUAAGAGAUUAACAAAUAUAUGAAUAAUACCUAUAAUUACCGUUGGACUUACUCAGGUUGCAACGAAGACCUAGGCAUGGAAUCUUCAAUAGUUAGCAAUUCUUCUAUAAACGCCUCCAGUCACCUUGGUGAAGGUUAUGAACCAUGGAAUGCACGUCAUAACCGCCAUCAUGGAAAGGGUGCGUGGUGUGCUGGUCAAAAGGCUAAGGAUGAGUUCAUACAAGUGCAAUUCACCCGGAUUCACGUCAUUGCACGAGUUUCUUUACAGAGAAAAGAGAAAACAUCUCCUGGAGAUACAGUUGGGAAGGCCUGGGUGACCAAAUUUGUACUUGCGUACAGCGAGGAUGGUGUUAGUUGGUCAGAGUACUCUGAUGGUAAUGGCGUCACGGUUAGUAUUGUUAACGUUGAUAGUUAUAAAUUUUGACGCAGGAGGUUUUUUCCGAUGCCAAAAUGGUAGAAAUUGUCAAUCGAACAACUGAAGACACUGAUAUAAAAAAUUAGAGUGAUCCAGCCUGUCGUAAACUAUACUUCCGCAAGUCUUCCUUUAUUUGUGAACCUUAAUCUCAAUUAUGUGUAAUGGAAUUAUUCUAUUGGUAAUCUGGUCAUGAGUUGGGAGAUUAUAGAACUGUACCAUUUUGUAAAGGAGGUUCUCUCUUUUAACUACAAGUGAUGGAAAACUGUCAUAACUCAUUUAUUAUAUUAUGACAGUUGUAAGUCCUAUUACAUCAUAACAUCAUAACAUAAUUUUGCAAUCCGUGAACCCAGUUAAUUUGAUUCUGUGUGUAGCAAGAGAUUUUUAAGCCUUUUGAAGAGAACAGGGAAAGGACUUUUCAUCUUUGUGGCAAUUUAAACAGUUUGUUUUCAAGUAAACUUCCUACUUAUCCAGGCUUUUUUUGUUCUUUCAAUUCAGGAGCUCACUGGUAACAAAGUACACGUCCUUGCCAACACGGUGCGUGCUCAGUUUGUGCGGAUUGUUGUUAAGGAAUGGUACCACCACAUCUGCCUAAGGAUGGAAUUUUAUGGUUGCCAAGGUAAAAACGUCAAGAUAAGCUACGCCGUGAUUCAUAUCGUUUUUUUCGGGGGGGAAGGGGGGGAAAGAGGCCAGCAUUCUAGCAUUCUUGCUUUCUCUUACGUAAAUUGCACAGUUACACCCCUAAUUGUAUAUUUUAAUGGCUUAUGGGCAUUAUAGGAUUCACAACCUGGAAAUGUAAUCGAAAUAAGUCGAUAAGCGAUAUGAUGGACAGAUGACCUGAAAAUGUUCUUUCUCACAACCUGAAAAGUGAUGUAAUUUCUCAUGAUGUACAGUUUAUGAAAGAGCUCAAUUAUGAAAUGCAUCAACAGCACAUUUAAAAGGCUUUAAUUUCACUGAUUCAUUAAUAUGUAAACUAUUUAUUUUCGUUGCAGCUUGUUUGGAGCCUCUUGGACUAGAAAAUUUCCAAAUUCCGGAUUCGUCCUUUUCCAGCUCUUCCUAUUAUAAGCUACCGACACGGGGUCGCCUAGGAUAUUACAAAAUGGAAAUGUGGGUUGCGAGACAUAAAAAUCUCGACCAGUUCUUACAGGUAACACAAUCUUCAGCGACAUCUACGUAGUUUUAUAAUAAAGUACGGAUAUAACGCGCACUGUCAUUGGUUGAAACAGCGUGCUCUAUCAGAGUAUAGAACAUAGUGCAAGAGAGCUAAAGCUGUCACGCCAUAUGCCAAAUUGUAACUAUAUCCGAACAUUUCCCAGACUUCGCUCUAGCUUUUUUCGUUGAUUGAAUGAAAUUUCGGAACAAGUGAGUCGGGUUUUCAACAUGUCAAGCGACGUAAUUUCUGUCAUUAUAACGUGAGCAGAGACGAAAAUCCUCAAAGAGAAAACGAAAUAAAAGCUCUGAGUUUUGAAGGUUUCACACUUAGUUAGAUUGCAAGCUUAGGGGGAAAAAAUCAAACACAGCUAACACUCGUGUGGGAUAUAUAGUUUCGUGUUAAAAAAAAAAAAACAGAACGAAACAGGAACGAUGAAAAGUAAAGCCAAACUGGGAUGACUGUUGAAAUUCAUGCUAAUCAUGACGGUGUCAGAGCGACUGCGAUCAUGCUGAGUUCCAUCGCGGCCAGCUCAUCAUGGCAAUCUCCGGUCAUCGCAGUGAAGCAAACCUCAGAAUUUACAUCGGCCGCCCUUCGAGUGUACAACUAAAAGUUUGCUCUAACAUCCUUUCCGAUGCGUUAAGUGGAAGGCCACAUCAGUCACAGCAGCCGAGUUUUACGGCGCUCUCAUCCCGAGAAAUCUCAUAUCCUUGUGAACAGAGCUUAGUCAAGGCUUCUCUAUUUGGUAAAUGAAAAAAUACCGUGUGUUUUGAUGAGCUGGAAUUCGGCCGGAUUUCACUGAACAUUUCACUUUCAUAUUCUGCAUUGGUGACUAAAAACUUCAGGCAAAAGUGUUAAAUUCGACCUUCCAAACUAUUUCAGCUUGUAAACUAUAUUGCAGAUUGUGAUAGUUUGAUAGUUUGACAUUCUGACAGCUUUAGUCCUUUUCAACAAAUCACAUUAUUUGAACAAUUCUUAAAAGGAUUCUGAUUGGCUUAUUGAAGCGUGCUUUAUGAGAUUAUAGAGCAUGCUGACGACACUGUUGUUUGCUUUGAAAAUAAAGUUUGUUUUGAAAAUUGAAAACAAUGCGCAGGGAAUUUUACGGGUUCUUUAUUAUAAAACAAGCAAAGAAGCUUUGACUGUGCUCUACUCUGUUGUAAAGCACUUAGAAAGCGGCUAGAGCACUCAAGAAAUGGGGAGAAACGCUCGACUGCAUCUCGUGUUUGUCCCUAGACUUCUUUCGUGCUCUAUAGCCACUUCCUGCGUGCUUUACAACAGAACAGAGCACAGUCAAGGCUUCUCUAUUUGUUCAACAGGUGGUAAUUAGAAAUAUGAAAAGAAACUCAAUUGCCUAGUAUUUCAGUGCUUUAAUAAAGAUGUAAAAUAAGGUCAGUGACGGAUACAGACCGCAAAUCAUGACUCAAUGGUGCCUGUUCAGGCGAUUCUUUGAACAUCAAAGUUUCGUAAAUCAGAAAUUGCCAGUUUUCUCGUCAUUAACGCUUGGAAUUUGGGUUAUACAAUACGAAAAUAAUCGCAAAAUGUACGAACUAAGCGAAUGUUCUCCUAAAACUAACCGAGUUCUGAACAAGCGCAUUGUUUUGACGUCGUGAUGUUAUCAAACUUGACUGCUUAAAGGAAACUACACCUGCAAACUUUGCACUACGAUCAGUUGAACUCUUUUAUCGGAUGUCAAUCGAUUUCUUCGUAGCAGCUGUUUUCAAGGGAAAAAUGAACGAAGUAAUAGUUAAAGAUUUUUGGUAAAAACAUCAUGGUUUGCCAGUUUCCCACUCAAUUAAUACCAAUUCUACCAUACUCUGUUUACCUAAGAAGGGCCGCGAUCUCUCGGCGAGGGUCGACAAGAGGUAUGUAAAAGCUCUCUUUCUUCUCUAGGUUGAUUUAGGCAAAAGAAAAACUAUUGCAGCUAUUUCAACUCAAGGAAAUCCUAACAUUGAGAAGGACUCUCGUUUAAGAGAGUAUUACCUACAAUACAGUGACGAUAGCUCCAACUGGAUGGACUACACAUUUGAAGGCCAACGGAAAGUGAGUUACUGUAUUGCUAGAACAAAAAGGGGAAAGAACAGUCAAUUAAAGUACAGACCGAGCAAAGUAGUAAUAUGUAUUUUAACUGAGCCCGUAUCGAGGAUUUAUAGGUCAUAUCAAUCGGUACUAUGCUCCGUUUACAUAGUAGUAUCCCUCAAAGAGUAUGCCAGUGUCAAUAAAUGACACCGGCAUACCUAAAGAACAAACAACUUGAAGUGCUCCUUCCAGGAUUCGAACCUACGACCUUCAGAUUAGCAUUCCGGAUGUUCUAUCACGGAGCUAUAGGAAACUAGUGGCUAUCUAUUCAAUCAGUACUUCAGACGCUGAGUAUCAUCGUUCAAUCAGUAGUUCGGACGCUCUAUCACCGUCUAAUCAGUACUUCAGACGAUCUAUCACCGUUCAAUCAGUACUUCAGACCCUUUAUCACCGUGGUGCUUAUAUGCAAUGAUGAUGCGAAUAAAAUUGGUAAAAUAAGUCUGGUGAUUUAAGCGAAGGAAGAUAUUAUUUAGUGAACGACAAAGUCAUACUCGGAGAUAAAAAUAAAAUAAAAUAAAAUAAAAAAUCCAAAAUUCCUUUAGGGAUUCGGACCUUCGACCUUUCGACCUUUCGAUUAGUGCUUCUAACGCUCUAUCACUAAGCUGUAAGAGGCUGAGGUAACCAUUACCGUUUUUAAAUGGUACGGCUUACCACAGCCUCCCAUAGGUUAUUAAAAUAACGUACAUAGUGAAAAACUCCCAGCAUACUGCGAGGUGAGAUGUGUUAUGCUUAUGCACAAUGAUGAUAACAGAGUUGGUAGAUUUUUAAGCCAGGUGAACUAUAAGAGAUUAGCGUAAGAGUUAGUCGUUUGACUAAGUUCGUGGUGGCAAAGUUCCGGCGUACUGCGAAGAUGAGAAUGUCGAAAUUUGAUGCGCUUUUGCUUGAUGAUGAUGGAAAUGAAGAUGGUCACAGCAGUUAAUAUCAAGCCUGGUUAUUGAAGUGGAAGAAGAUGUUAUUCAGUGAAUGACACAGGCACAUUCGGAGGAAAAAAAAAUCCGAUUGCCCUUAUUGGGAAUCGAACCGAUAACCUUUCUAAAGACACUUUGGAAGCUAUACCACUGAGCUACAGGAGACUUGAGGCAAGCUCUACCGUUUGGCUAAGUCCAUUGUGACAAACUUCCUGCUCACUAAGAAGCUAGGAGAGUUGAUACGUGAUACUUAUACAUUUUACCUGUUACUCUUUUGGCCGGCUUUUAGGUAAAUUUCAAACUCUUAGUACAAGUAAUGCACACAUAUUCUGCAGUUUGUCAUUUUUUGAGAACAUCUAAAAGAUGCCGUCGCUGUGAGAGUCACCUCUGAGAAGCUGUUAUUGUUGUUGCUCUAUCAUGGGUUUCAGUUUGUUUCAGUUUGUUUCAGUCUAUUCCCCAGCUACACUUUCUUCAGAUUAGCUCCGUAUUUUGAGGUCGUUUUCCUGUACAUUUCCUUUACUAAGCGGUAAUAACGGGGAAUGUGGAGGUGACCGCUACUACAGGUUCCAUAGAAUGGGGGUAUUAUGAAGAAACGAUAAGAAACGUCAUUUUAUGCCGUUGUUGACCACUUAACGUGCAAAACCUCCCUCAAAAAUACUACCAACGUUGAUUUCGGGAGUUAAACAUAAAUUAAACUUUACGUGAAAGACUGUUCUUAGUUUUUUGUUUUGUUUGUUUGUUUUUUUAAUUGGUACCGCUUUAAGUGACCGUUCAGUACAGGUGGAGGACAAUAACAAAGUUCCGUCGGGAACCCAGUCAAGGGUAACCUCGACCGCUUAAUAGAGGAGACCGCUUGAAAAAGGUGGAGUAGUGUUUAGAGGGUAAAAAUUUUGGGAGUUUGAAAGCCGACCACUUAAUACGGUGCCGUUUGAGUAGGUUCUUCUGCAGUUUUCCACCGGUACAGGUGAGCGCUUGAAAAGGGUGAACAGUGAUUAUGGGUAGACAUUUCGGGGGUCAAGAAAACUGACUGCUUGAUACGGUGCCGUUUAUGUAGGUUCGUCUGCAGUUUUCCACCCGAUCGCCCUCUCAAAGAGGUGACUGAAGUGAUAUUAAAUGUAAAAAGAUGGUAUCCUGCAACCAGAGAACGCAAGUAUUACAUGAUAUGCAAAGUGCAGUUUUUGAAUUCCAUUUCAUCUUUCAGGUGUUUGAUGGUUACAAAACCCAGGGGGCAGAAAUAAGCAGGAAGUUUUUGCCUCAGGCCAUCGAGGCUAGGUACAUCAGACUACGAGCCAUUCAAUGGUACCAUUCUAUUGGCGCAAAAUUAGAAAUUUACGGCUGUGAAGGUAGGAACAAUAAGCUUUAA